CAAAUAAAACCAGCUAAUUGUACAGGCAAAGUGACAUAAACAGUACGAUAAUGCCCUGUUGCAGUCACAGGAUGCCAUGCAAGAAAAGCUCCCGUUUUGGACUUUUAUCACUACAAACAAAUUAAACUUCAAACUAUAUAUCUACAUUAUUCUUUUGAGUUGGACUAAAAAUAUAUAUAUAAUUCAUAGAUAUACUUCAUCUGUUUCCAAAAUAAGUGUCAUCAACCAUCAAAAAGCAUAUAUCAGAAAAAAUUAGUUAGAAAUUCACUCUUCUUACCGCUAGUUAUUAAUGUAGGCAAGGUUGAUCCACCUGGGUGCUCGCAUCACUCCCAACCUUCUAUUGUUCAUUAUCUUAUACUUCUUCUCUUAUUUUCUAUUUUUAAACAUUAUCCAUACAUAAUUGAAUAAUUUAUCUUAAUAAUUUACACUUAUUUACCUAUAAUCAUGUCAAUAUGAGAUUUUAUUCACCAUAUAUUCAAUAACUUUUCAUUAACCCGCGACAAAAGAUUUUCUAAACAAUUUUAGGGAGAGAAAAAGGUACAUAAUAUUUUAUUACAUUUUUAAUUUAGCGCUCUUAUCAUUUGAAACUUUCUUUAUUUAGGAACAAGACUUUUUCGAAAUAGAAUACCUAUUAGUGAUAGAUGAUUAAUGUCCAAGCUUGAGGUCUUGGGUGGGUUCGAGUCCACCUUCGUGCGGUCUUUAAUUUUUUUUUUAAUUUACUCGUGUAAUUUAUCAAAAAAAGAAAGAAAAAGAAGAAUAUCUAUUAGUGAACGAACGCUAUAACAUAAGGGGCCAUAGUUAAAAUGGAUAAUCGUGUCCAAAUACACAUAUUUUAAUUUUGCAUAUGAAUCAAAAUUCCACCUCAACAUUUACAAAUUUUUUACUGUUUAAUUUUUUUCACAUGAUUAUUAAUUUUCAUCGAAUUAAUGUUAUCGUGGUGAGUGAAGUGGUAAAUUAGUGACAUCAUGAGACAUCCAAUUGUCGUUUAAGGCAUGCAAACCUCAAGCAUCCACCUCAAGGUCCUCAACAUUAAUUUGGGACAAUUGCGUGAAAAAUGAGAGCAAUUGAAAAUUAGUAUAUUUUGAUACAAAAUUUUUAGUUGACGUCCAAAAACAUAAACUUGUUGAAGAGUUUGAUGGGAAGUGUGGUAGGAGGAAUCCAAACAAAAGCAGAGUAUGGUAAGAUUAGGAUUUUGGAGAGGGACGUGAAAAGGAGCGGUACGGAGAUGGAGAUGCGAAAAUGGUAGUGGCGAACAAGUAGAGAUGGAAAUUGAGAUAGUUUCCAUUGCAAGCACAAAAUGCUAAUAUUCCUAUUUCCUAUGUAAGCAGCUAAGGAGAUAUACUAAACAAACCUCGCAAAUCCCAGUACUAGUAGUGUCAGAAGAUUGAAUUAUGCUGUGCCGCAACACAAUCAUGAUAAAUUAGACAGUUGAACUUCACAUUCAAGAUAAUGGGCAUCCAUCAAUCAUCAGAAAAUGCAUAAACAAAUGAUUGAGAGAGAGAUAUUUUUUCCCCCCCAACUUUUCUUUUUUUGCCCAAUUUUGCAUUAUUCCCCCAGUUGUUUUCAGAAAAUAUUCCUGAACUUGUAGUUGGAGGCCUUGCUUUUAUUUAUAGUCACUGCCAACCAGCAUAGAUUCUCUCCCUCUAUGCUAUGCUAUGCUAUGCUCAUCUAGACCCCUCCAGCCUCAACGGUUCACGAAAAUUAUCGAAUGAAUGUGUGGAAAAUUGAAAAUCUCUUCUCCUUUUUCCGUUUUUAUUUCUGCUGCCCUAAUUUUGAUGCUUGGUUUUGAUUCUCUUCUUUCUCUUUGCUGAUGAAAAGAUUGCCUGCUUUUUGUCCUUUUCAUGGAUGCCCUCUCUCUCUCUCACUCUUUUUGAGUUUCUAGGCAAUGCGCAGCUGGUUCACAUAUAAUGUUUUUAUUCCAAUUCCAACCUAGUAUAAAUAGGGGAGCCCCAGUUUCAGCUCUCUUCAUUACAUAUUAAGGUUUCAUAAGCUCCUAUUAUUACUUACUUGGAACUGUUUAAGGGAUUUUGAACAAUUCAGAGGCCCAGUUUUCAUCUUCUGUUGGCCAAAAUGAGCUAUUCGAAUUCAUUCAAUGGGCUCUGGGAGUAGAACAGCUAGAAGGAACGUUGAGUUUGGGAGGACUUAUGUGGUUAAGCCUAAAGGGAAACACCAGGCUACCAUAGUCUGGCUGCAUGGCCUUGGUGACAAUGGCUCAAGUUGGUCGCAACUUUUGGAAAGUCUUCCCCUUCCGAAUAUAAAAUGGAUAUGCCCCACCGCUCCAACGCGCCCUGUGGCUAUACUCGGUGGAUUUCCCUGCACUGCUUGGUUUGAUGUUGGCGAGCUUUCUGAAGAUUGUCCGGAUGAUUUUGAAGGUUUAGAUGCCUCAGCAGCACACAUUGCUAAUUUACUGUCCACGGAGCCUGCUGACAUUAAACUUGGUAUCGGAGGCUUCAGCAUGGGAGCUGCAACUGCCCUCUAUUCUGCAACUUGCUUUGCGCAUGGAAACUAUGGAAACGGCUACCCGUAUACUGUAAAUCUGAGGGCCAUUGUUGGCCUAAGUGGUUGGCUUCCUGGUGCAAGGAGUCUGAGAAACAAGAUUGAAGGAACACACGACGCUGCAAGACGUGCUGCGUCACUUCCAAUUUUGCUCUCUCACGGACUCUGUGAUGAAGUGGUUCCUCACAAACAUGGAGAGAAAUCCUAUCAUGCCUUGAACCUUGCUGGUUUUCGAAAUCUAUCAUUCAAAACCUACGAAGGGAUUGGGCACUACACCGUGCCUAAGGAGAUGGACGAGGUCUGCAACUGGCUAAACUCGAGGCUGGGGCUCUAGGGCUCGUGAUCACGGAUUCAAGUGAAGGACGACUGGUGGAGCAAUAAGAGGAAGGCGAGCGCGUAGAGUUGUAGUUACAAGCAGUGGGGUUGAAGAGUUUAUUCAGUUUUGGCUACUUGGUCCAUACUUCAUAGUAAAAUAAAAGUUUUGAAGUAAUAUUAUUUUCUAUAUAUUCUGCAGCAGUGAUUUUGUUAUGUAAUAUUUCCAGUGGGGUAUUUUGGUGUUGGUGAUAGUAGUUUGUUUUGAUCAAUGUAUAAGGCAGUGGCUUUCUCUCUGAGAUGUAUAUGAAGAUAUCUAAUUCUUUCUUCUCA